CAUCUCCUGGACAGAGAAGUCAAGAUAGUUAUAAUUGUCAACCAGCCGUUCAGGACGGGAAGGGAAUGCCUCGGACGGUCAAAUACAAUGUCGAUGACAAACGGUCUUAUGGACGGCCUGGAAAUAAGUCUAUCCCUGUCAAACGAAAGCAUUGUAACACCGUGUGCCCCGAAGGUUGGGUGUACGGGAAGACAAAAUGUUUCCUGUUUGAGAACAACCUAAAGGACCUUCAAUGGACAACUGCUCGUGACACCUGCAACGCCCUGGAAGCAGUCACAUUGGGCAAUGGGAAGACAGCGGAACCCUCCCUGUUCGUCAUGGAGGGCAUAGAGGAGGUCCAUCUUCUGAAGCGUAACGUCAUCACUAAGUUUGCGUGGGUGAACUGCAUCCGCAUUGAUAAAACUUUUGAAUGUUACACGGACAGGGCAGGGACGACUACUGACUAUCGAAAUUGGGAAUAUGACCAACCUAAUUUACGCCAAGGAGAGAUAUACGCGAUGGUGUAUAUGUCCAAUGGUAAAAUGCACGACCAUUUUAACUACAGGGAUUCAACGGCCACAGUCUGCCAGGUCAACGUACAUUGAUAGGUUUAGUUUCAAUUGGUCCAAUACCAAUUCGUCUAAUUAUCAACUCGUAUACUAUCAUUUGGUAUACCAUCAGUUCGUCCACUACCUACGUGGUCUACGUGUCAUUUCG